UUCUCUUUCUUCUCCGUUCUUCUCUAUUUUCACACAUAUUCAGAGACAAAAAUUGAAAUAUACUCUAAUAAACUAAUCAAAACCCUCUGAUAUUAUUUCAGAAUCAAAACUAUUCAACUGCUAUAUUCAAUUUCAUCCAAAAAAAUCACCGAUCAAUUUCAUCCGAAAACUCUAAAAAUGAAGAAAUCAAAGAAUAAUUCACAAUCAAAUACAGAUAAAAACAAGCAAAUAGUUAUAGUUGAACAACAAUCAACUGUGCAAGAAGAAACGGAGGAACAUAUUCAAGAAAUCCAAGAUGAGGAUGGGAAUAAAGCUAGUAAAAAGUCAACUAUAAAGUUCAAAGGUAGCUUUGCUGCUUUCAAUUUGCUUGCUAGCAGUAUUAUGAAACUGCAAGGAGGAGAAGCUUUAAAUGCAGAGCAGAUUGCACUGCUGAAAAAGAGUAGGUUUGGAAUGUGAUGCAUGUAUUUCUAGUAGACAAAAUUGCUAGCUCUGAGUGAAAUAAGAAAGUCAAACCAUGUCAACUCCUAUGGAAAGCACACAAAAUAAUUCCUGGAAAAGAUUGUGUAUUUGAAUUCACAUUUGGAGAAAAAACAUACAUCUUAAGAUCUUCUCCUGAAAAGCUUUCAAUAAUGUAUGGCAUUCCGUGUAUGCAAGAUGGAUGAAUAAAAUAUGUAUUGCUAGAGUCUCCAACAAUUAGUGAUUGCAGAUAUGGAAGGUUCUAUAAAGCACAUGGAUUUACUCCACCUGACAGAAGAAAGUAUGACAUAAGAAAUGCUGAAUUAAAAUCUAAGAACCUUGAGUUGGUUAAAGAGAAAACACAUAAUGAAGAUCUUGUUACAAUGAUGGAACUUUUUUUGUUGUCAACACUUUUUCUUACUACUGGUGAUGGAGGUUCCAUCCAUUGUAAGUACAUUGUCUUACUAGAGUCUGGUAGAGUGUCCUGGCCUCAUCUAAUUCACAAUCAUAUCAUGGAAAGUGUAGCGAGAGAGUAUACUGAAGGAUGUUACAUGUAUUUAUUGACUUGGCUUGCUGAGCAUUCCAAAGAAUUGAUACCCAGGUGGAAAGUAGAAGAUAAAAACAAUUAGAACAAUUACCGUCCCAGGUUCGCAAGGUGGAACAUCAGAGAUAUCUUCAAAUCAUUGGAAAUGAAUAUUUCAGACUUUGGAGAGUUGUCACAAAAUUUCAUGGAGAAUUACACUGAUAUUUAACAAACAAUACUGAACCAAGUAAGGAUGAAGACAAAGGUUGAAUUGCUUAAAGAAGAGUAUGAUGGUAUGGUUGUUCAAAUUGAAGAAUUAGAAACUAAGUGUACCGAAUAGCUUAAAGCACUGAAAUCUAAGCAUGCUGCGGAGAUUAAAGAAAUGAGGCGUAUCCAUAAAGGGUAAAUAGCAGAACUUGAGGUUAGACAACAAGAAUUGGAAGCUCUACUUGCAUAAAUGACAGUUGGAAAGUUGUCUUUUGAUCACAAGGUUGACUCUCUUUCUAGACACUUAACAUCUAAGAAAUCUGAAGUUGAUGAUAUUCUGCAAAGAAAAGGAGUUAAAUCCGCAGUUCAGUAUAUGACAAAAUUGGCAACAAAAUUCUUGCAAGUUGCUUUCCAACUUGAGUACAAGAAUGAAUUGUUGGGUGAUGAAAUUAACAACUUACUGAAUGAUCAAGGUGUCAAUGAAGCUGGCAAUCAAGUUGUAGAAAAUGUAAAUGAAGUUGAUGGAUUUGAAACUGGAAACCAAGGUGCAGAAAAUCCACAUGAGAAUAAUGAAAUGGAAGUCGAAGAAGAUACUAUUUUACCUAGUAAUGAUGAAGAAGCUGUGAAUCUUAACUCUGAUGAAGGUGUUAGUGCGCUUCAAAUCAAUUUCCCAAUGUUUAAUGUUCAAAAUAUCUCUGAAGAAAUAGAUGUCAGUGGAUUGGAGAGUAGGCUGCAGAAAUUGAUUCAUGAAGAUGUUGGAUUAUUACCAUCACUCAACAGUUCAGAUGAAAUUCUUUCUGAAUAUGAACCCCAACCUAUGGAUCUAGAAAACAACAUCCAAAUAUGUACAUUGCCAGAGCUUGAAGAGUAUGCAAAUCUGCAACUCCAUACGUUGUCAGAAGAAGUAGAUGCUAAGCUUCAGAAGAAUGGAUAGUUGAAUGAAAUGGAAUUUUUUGUAGCUGUAACAGAUACGCUCCACCAAAUAAAUUCUAGUCGUCAUUCUUUCUCAAUUGGGAUGACACGGAUUGUACAAGUUGUUGAUCCAGCAAACAAGAUUGAGACAGUUUCACAGACUGUUGCAGAUUUGAAUGAACAUGGUCUUGGUUCUUUUUAUGUUUUGUUUUUUUACCUUUGCAUAGCAUGUUUGUAGAAGUUACCCAACACUUUAUUUUGAUCUUUGUUCAAUUUGGAGAAGAACACAAACAAGUCAUGAGCGUUUAUACU